AGCCAGAGGAAAGCCAGACUUGUUUUUCUUGUCUUGGUACAUCUGAAAAAGGCACGUCAUCCUGUUGUUGUAAACAGCCAAAACUCAGCUCACCUACAGUUAGCAGGAGGAUCGGUGUGAGACGCUUGGAUUUUAACUCUCAGACGACACUGAAAAGAUUUGAGGGAUGUCCGGAUCACAUCCUCAAGUGGUCCCCAGGAAACCAGCUGUUCGAGUGAGAAUCGCCUCAGGAGAACAGCCUGAAAAUGUGAACGGUGCAAGUGGGGAGUCGAGUCAAAUGUCCCAGCAGAAUGCAGACAGAGAAGUUGAAAUUUUAAACCACUGCUUUGAGGACGUGGAGAAAUUCAUGACCCGCUUGCAGCAGGCAGCCGAGGCCCGGAUCGUUCUCAACCAGAGGAAAAAGAGGAGCGGCAGGAAAGACAAGAAAACUGAGAAUCAAGUUUCUGACCUGUUGACGGCCAAAGCAGACCCUCCUCCAGAAGAAGACUUUAUAAAUGUCUUUCAGAAAAUUAAGUACUCCAUCUGCAUGCUGGACCGCCUCAAGCCUUUCAUCUCGCAGCCGAGUGCUCCGGAGCUGCUUCACCACAUUUUUGUGCCUCUCAACCUGACAGUGCAGACCACUGGAGGACCAACGCUGGCUGCAUCAGUGGUCAGUCCAGCUAUGACCAGCGGGGCGAUCUCUCUGCUCCACAAGCACCUGAACAAAGAGGAGAAGGAGCUGUGGAUAUCAUUAGGAACCAACUGGACUUCACCCUGUUUGGGCCUCAGUAGAUCCGUGCCUCUGUACUCUCCUGUUUUCCUGGAUGGGUGGAAACCUCGGGCUUAUGACUCAACUGGCCAGCAACUCGAAGAUCCUGUCCAGUCGCAGCACAAAGAAGAUGCCGUCAGAGACAGCGAGAGGAGGCAGAGACAAAACUUACUCGAAGAUCCUGUCCAGUCACAGCACAAAGAAGACGCCAUCAGAGACAGCGAGAGGAUGCAGAGACAAAACCUACCUCCACCUACAGCUGAUGGCAUGGAUAAAAUAGGUGGAAAUGGGCUCCUGCAGAAAACUGAGAAACUGUACCGCUGCAGUUAUGCCUUUGUGGCCAGAAACAGCAGUGAACUCUCUGUUCUCCAUGGAGAAACACUAGAGGUACUUGACUCCUCAAAGCGCUGGUGGAAGUGUCGGAACAGCUACGACCAAACAGGAUUUGUUCCAUAUAAUAUCCUGGAGCCUCUGUCUGCUGGGAACAGCGCAGAGAGGAACAAUCCAGAGCUUCGACCUGAUUUAAAGCAAACAGCCUCAAACCCUCGGACAAAGUGCCACUCCUACACUCCAUCAAGCUCAGACGGAGCCGGUUCUCCAGCUUUGACAGUGCGACCUCAGAGCACGGUUCUACCGUUUACAUCUAUGUCGAGAGAAGACGGGGAUCGAGUCCUAGUCAUGAACGAUGAGCUUCUGCAGCGGCUCACCAAGCAGAGGAACUCCGUGGAUCAGCAGCAGGUGGACACGCCCGUCCCCCUGAACUACCACUCCCCUCCUGCCGAGGUGACGACAUGGCUCACAGCCAACAACUUCAGUCAGCAAUGUACGCAAAGCUGCAGAAAAAGCCAUGAAGACGAAUUAAACGAACAGACUGACAUGAAUUAAGACCGUCUACAAAUACAGCUCCAAUAUUUAACUCCCACUGAUGUGUGUAUCUGUGUGUAGAAGUGAUUUAUCAGCACAAAAUUCAUUAAACUUGGCAAGGAUCGUGUUUUUAA